CGAACGCGCUCCAUUCGUUUCCCCUCUCCUCGUCGCCCUCCCCCUCACUUCCAAAGUCCGUGUGCAAAGCGGAACUUCGUAUCUCUAAUCAAAUCCGACGCGUACAGACAAGGUAUACUGUUGAAUUUGACACAAUCCAAGAUGUCUGCGUCAACGUCUACUGCUGCUUCCCCACCCCCGCAAGCUACUUCGUCUACGAACAGUGGUUGGUUGCCUGCGAAAUCGGCCACGCACUUUCUGGCUGGAGGGCUUGGGGGAAUGUGUGGAGCCAUCGUCACCAGUCCGUUCGACGUCGUAAAGACUCGACUGCAGUCUGAUCUGUUCAAGCAAAAGCACACAGCAGUAAAUGUGGUCGGUGACUCUGGUGUCUUGGUUGCACGACGAUCAGUAGGGCUCCUAUGGCAUUUUGUUGAGACAGCACACAUCAUCCGGGAUAUUGCACGAGACGAGUCAGCACGAGCCUUGUUCAAAGGUCUUGGACCAACACUGGUUGGCGUCGUCCCCGCUCGUUCCAUCAACUUCUUCACCUACGGCAACGGCAAACAAGUUAUUGCCAAUAAUUUCAAUAACGGCGUAGAGAACUCCUAUGUCCACCUAUGUGCUGCUGCCGUUGCAGGUAUCGCCACCGGAACCGUGACGAAUCCCAUUUGGGUCGUAAAGACCCGUCUUCAACUCGCACAACACCAUCGACCGCCAAUUCCAUCCCCAGCAGCCCUGUCUGGCGUGGUCCCGAUACAGCGAGCGUCGUUUUUUGGAGGAAGUUUGAGUAUGAUUAAGGAAAUCUGGAAGGAGGCUGGGAUUAGAGGGUUCUACAAGGGGCUGAGCGCCAGUUAUCUCGGGGUUACUGAAGGAACGAUCCAGUGGGUCUUAUAUGAGAGGCUGAAGAAGCUAUCAGCGAAUACGGAGGGGAAGGGAGGUGUUGCAGAGUGGUUGGGUAUGCUUGGGAGUGCAGGGACGGCAAAAUGUGUGGCUAGCUUGAUCACCUAUCCACAUGAGGUCCUCCGGACACGACUGAGACAACCGGUCGUGAAUGGGAAGGUUAAGUAUACCGGUCUUUGGCGGACGCUCCAGAUAGUCAUCGCGGAAGAGGGAGCCCAUUCGUUAUACGGUGGCCUGACUGCCCAUCUUAUGCGAGUGGUACCGAAUGCUGCGGUAAUGUACUCGAUAUAUGAGGGUGUUCUCCGCUGGAAUCAGUGAUCGGACCCUUCCCAGUCCUCAUCCGCCUCUUUGUUCGUUCUUUGUCUCGGAUCAGAAUCGUUCCCUCGUAUUUCUAUCAUAGAGGAGCAUAGACCGUAUUCUUAUCUUUCAACCUUUCCACCUUUAUUCUACUUACCAUACUUUUUGCAUGCUCUCCUCUGGGUCUUCUGAUAUCGUUGCACAUCCCCAUGCUCUCUCUCCGACUACUGCGCCAUUAUGAUCAUCACCCCCUCAAAAGUACAGCUUCGAUCUCUCAUGCACCCACUCAGCCUCGUCUUCGCUGCAUCAUCUGUAUUUUACACCGCAUUUGCUUACGAGAUCCCCGUUCACCUCCCACCACCGCU